AUGACCUUUACCUCCUUUCGGUUCGCCGUUGCUGCGUUUCACGGUUCGGACGACGACGCGUACCCAUCCCCUCCCAAGAGGCUCGGCCGAGGCAGCAGCGUCCGAGGCUCCAACCUCUCCACAACAGCCGCCGCAGCUGCGGCCGCAGCGGUAGCGGCGGCGGCGGCGGGCGCGGGCGCGGGGAUGGUGGGGGGCGGCGGAGGGGGUCCCGCGGGGAUGGAGGGCGUGGAAGAGGGGGGCGCGGGGGGCGGCGGGUGGGAGGCCAUGCUGCAGCAGCUGGAGCGCGACUCGUAUCUCGCCGUGCUCCGCGCGUUCGGCGCGCAGUCCGAAGCGAUCACCUGGGCGAAGGAGGCGCUGAUGUCGGAUCUGCGCAAGGAGCUCAACAUCUCGGACGACGUGCACCGCCUGCUGCUCGCGCGCGUGCAUGACGACAAAAACAUCCGCCUCAUCUGCAAUUGGAAGACGGCGAGGGAUGCGGGGGCAUAUGUGCACCACCCGCCUCCCCCUCCCCCCGCGGCCGCGCCUCCCCCAGUUGCACCCGCCCCCGAGCUCAUCCCCCCAGCCUCCUCCCGCAAGCGGCCAAAAAUGGCCGCCCUUUCUGCCGCGCCGUUGGGGAAGGGCGUGGGGGCGUCCGCGGGUGCGCCGGGGGGAGCAGGGCGGGGCGCAGGGGCGGGAGGAUUGGCAGCAGCACCAGGGGCACUGGGGGGGAUAGCCAUAGACCCGCUCAUAGGCCGGCGGGUGAAGACGCGGUGGGUCGAGGAGGGAGGCGGUUCACGAUUCUAUGAGGCGGUGAUCACGGAUGUGCGGCCAGAGGAUGGCAUGUACUCGCUGGUGUACGAAUUGAACACACCGAACGAGAGCUUCGAAUGGGUCGACCUGAAUAUGGUGAGGAGUAGGGGAGGUGGGUGGGUGGGUAUGGAAUGGACUAAGGCGGGUGAGAACUGCUGUUCUGCUGGCUGUGGGAAGGGUUGCGGGUCUAAUGAGGCGGUGAUCACGGACGUGAGGCCGGAGGAUGGGAUGUACUUGCUGGUGUAUGAGCUCAACACGCCCAAUGAGAGCUUCGAAUGGGUCGACCUGAAUAUGAUUCCAAAAGAGGACAUGAUAUGGGUGGAGGGGGCCCCCCAGUGCUCGACUUUCAUCUGCCCACCCGCCCUCCCUUUUCCUCAUUCGUACUUUCUCUCACCUUCUCGCUUCCCUCUCCCCCCCUCACCCCUUCAGACCCCAAACGACGACAUCAUAUGGGUGGAGGGCCCCCCAAUUCCAAAGGAGGACAUCAUAUGGGUGGAGGGCCCCCCAGUACCCGACUUAACUGCACUCCUGCCCCCCCUCUCCCCACCUGCCCUGCACCUCUUCUCACCCCUUCAGAUCCCGAAAGAAGACAUCAUAUGGGUCGAGGGCCCCCCAGUACUCGAUUUUAUCCGCCCACCCGCCCUCCCCCUAGCCGCCACCGCCGCUGCUGCUACCGCCCCUGCUGCUGCCCCCGCUGCUCUUAUGGCUGCUGGGGUGGAUAAAGACGGCAAGAAGGCAGCAGCAGCAGCAGCAGCAACAGCAGCAGCGGCAGCAGCCGCAGCACGAAUGGCCAUGGCUGUCCCUGCUGCCGCUGCACCUCGUGCACUGGGGAAAACAGGACCUGCUGCUGCUGCUGCUGCUGCCGGCGCUGCAGGAGGGACAGGGGCAGGAGGGGGGGCGGGGGUGGGAGCAGGAGGAGGGGCUGGCGCGAGCUACUAUGGGAAUGUUGUGGGGGUGACGGCAGGAGGUGGGCCUGGAAAGGGGGGGGAAGGGGAGGGAGGAGAGGGGGUGGCGGGGUGGUUGAGGCGAGUGGCGAGCCUGCCGCCCCUAGUGGAGAUACUCAAGGUGAGCGUUUUGAGCUUAAAGCUGGGGAAUGUGGAAGACGAGGAUAACCUAGUCAAGCUUGCAGAUGCCAAGAGGCUGAUCAAGUGCUCAGUGUCCUAUCUGGAGCGGGAGAAUGAGCUGCGAAGGGCACUGGCGAUACUAGGAGAGGACAGUGAGGAGGACGAGGAGGAGGAGGGGAAGGAGAGGGGAGGAGGAGUGAGGGAGGAGAAGGGUGGCAUUAUCAAACGAGGCUCUUCCAAGCAGUCAGUCUCCCCUUCUGCUUCUGAACCCUCCACAGCCAGUGGCCAGGGCAGAGAGGGGGCACCAAGGGGAGGGGGAGGAGGAGGGGGAGGGGGAGGAGGAGGGGGAAGAGGGGGAGGUAGUGGAGGAGGAAGGGGAGGGGAAGAAGCAGGAGGUAAGAGGGGAACAGGAGCAGGGGAAGAGGGAGGUGGGCGGUCUCAAUUGUCUUCUAGCAGCCGGUCCUCUGAUGAGGAUGAUGAGGAUGAUGAUGUCAGCAAGGGGCGCAGUGACGACGAUGAUGACGUCAGCAAAGGCCGGCGCAGCGGUGCAAGUGGCAGGGGAAGCCCGGGCAGGAAAGAGAAAAGCCUGAGAGGUGGGCCGGGCAGCCCGAGGGGCAGAAAAAGCCCAAGAGGGAGGCAGGAGAGUGAUGGGAGUGGGAGGAGCGGGGAGAAUAGUGAAGGGAGUGAGAGGCCGAGGGGAAGGAGCAGGGAAAGGAGUGUUGAUAGUGGGAAGAGUGGGGAGAGGCGGAGUGUGGAUAGUGGGAGGAGUGGGAGGAGUGGGGGGCGAGGGGAUAGGAGUGAUGAUGACGAGAAGGGGAGGGGCAGGAGGGAGAUGAAGGGAGGAGGGGAGGAGGGCGGAAGGAAGGCAGCAGCAGGUGGGGCGGCGACAAGGGGGGACAGUAGAGAGAGCAGCGAAAGAAAGAGAGGAGAGCGAGGCGGGAGUGUGAGCAGCAACAGCGGCAGCCCGAAACGAGCCAGAUCCGGAGGAGAUAGGGGGACCGAUCAGGACAGGAGUGCAGCAGCCAACAGGGAAGGAGGGGCAAGGGGUGGGGAGAAAAAGCCACGGUCCGAAGCUAGUGGAAGGAGGUCGGGAGGGGGGGAAGAUGAGGAGGAUGAAGUGGAUAUAGACAGGGAUGAGGGCACAAGCCGGGGGUCCCCUGCAGCAUCAAGAGGGGACUCUAGGGGAGAGUCUAAGGGGGAUUCUAAGGGGGGAUCCAGGGGGGGUGCUACUAAGGGAGGGUCUAGGGCUGGCUCUGGGGGUCCCCCUGGCGGUCGUUCCCCCAGUCACUCCCCUGGUCGCUCUGAUGGCGGGUCCUCUUCGGAUGAGUCCAAGUAG